AAGGAACUCACGUUUAACACAUUAUCCUACAGAGACACUUAACACGGAACUUACAUUUAACACGUAAUCUUACAGAGACAGGCUUAACACGCACCGCACAACACUCGGAGAACAGCGGGCAGCGGCUAACAGAUAGCUUAUACACUGGCCCUUCUUCACGAGACCGACAGAAAACAGACGCCCGACAGGUGUAUGGACAUUCCCGCGCUAAGUUUGGCAUUUAUCAGUCAGCUCAAAUCUCAACUCAUGAGCGCAAGUUUUCGAGUUGCAUGAGUUUAUGUUUUUGUUUUCUAUGCGCAAAUGAGGCUCUCUGUUUUGAAUGUUUCCAGUGUUCCAUGAACACAUUUGAUUUUCAGGGGCAAAUUACAGCCUGCGUCGUGUUUUGUUCUCUUUCGCACUUCUCAUGCACCUCCAUGCCGUUAAAUCGCCAUGUCGUGAGAUGAUUCGUGAGAUGAGGGCAUGUGUGAGCAGACACAAACUAAAAACAUCUUCCUUCAAUAAACAACUUGUAGACUGCGCGAGGAGGGGGCGGGGAUGGAAGAGAGUCGCUCGUGCACACAGCUGGCGCAAGAUAUUCCUGCCGGACUUUCAGCCGCGGGAGCCACCGGGACACAGAACGCACACAGGAGUGAGGAUGACAAUGGAGAUGAAGGAGUGGGAUUCGGACGUGACUGACUCGGAGGACAGUGUGAUCAACGGCGUAACCCACGGCAACAAUGAUUCCGUGGACAGGAAGUUGGGAAUGCUGGGGUCGCUGCGGGCCAGCCUGCGCAGCAAGAGCCCUCUGACCAAACUCACACAGAGGUCAAAGGUCAAAUCAGCCUCCGACCUGCCCAGUGUCGACAACAACCCCAACAACAGCACACACACCCUCCCACCCCCUUCACCAAGUUUGAGUGUGGGCCCCCCCCUCCGUGGGCUGAGUGGUUUCUUCCAGAAGAAAGAUGGAACCUCAGGAGGAAGCCCACUUAGAUCACCCCAGUCCCACACAAGAGCACAAUCAGAAUCCUCCGUUGCCCUGGGCGACCUGCUCAUGAAAAAAGGGGCAUCUCUCCGUCGCAGCCUCCGCCUGGGAAGCAAACGCCACGCCCCCGAGCGCUCAGCCAAUCAGGAGCCACUACACUGUGUCGUGGAGGCCAGCCAAUCAGAGCAGAGCACCAGCAGGUCAGAGGUCACAGAGACAGUAGAGGUCAGAGAGUCGUACGUCCUCCCCGAGAUCCCACCCCUGCCCCUCUCAGUGAUGCAGAUUAAUAAGCUGAUUGAGCUGGAGGUGUUGGAGGAGGCGCACCUGAACCUGCUGUCUCUGCGGCGGGAGUUCCAUCAGCAGCAGGAGGAGGCGGGGCCAGACGCCUCACCUGUGGAGCUGGCGCACCUGGAGAAGGACCUGCACCUGCUGUACGGCGCGCUGCGCACCAAGAUGGCCGCAAUCGUGCGUCAGUCCAGCGCGCUGCCCGCCCGCAACAAGGAGCUGCUGGUGCAGGUGGCGCGGGUGGUGCAGGAGGAGGAGCGGAGGGAGGGGGGGGCGGGGGGGCUGGGGGGGUGGAGGGACUUCUGGCGGGACGCCGUGCGGGACGGUGUGAGGGACGUGCUGCAGGCUGUGCACCUGGACACACCUGAGCGCAACACUUCCUGGUUGGCCGUGCACCUGGGGCUGCUGGGAAAAGCCAUUGUGGAGAACCUGGAGAGGGUGAAGGCGGAGCUACAGGCCUCGUACCCGCCCAGUUUCCGCGUCUUCGACCACUACGUGGACGCUUGCCAUCAGGUCACCACCGAGCACCUGCAAAGGCUCAUGGGAAGAGUGAGGGAGCUGAAGGACUACUACGCACUGUUGGACUUUAUGACACACAGAUAUCACAGUGAGCGCAUCAUGGGGAGUUUCUCUCUGCGUCCGGAGGUGAAAGAGGAGCAGAGGGAGCUCAGAAUACCAGAGGAGUUUCACCAGGACAUCAAGAAGCAGUACUGUCGACAGCUACAGGUGGAGCUGCGGGGCUCGCUGGAGAAGGUUCUGCAGCUGGAGAGGGAGGAGAUGUGGGAGGAGCAACUGCAGCCCCGGGUGGAGGAGGGGCUAUUUGAAUCCCACAUACACAUGGACAUCUGGACGAGUGUGCAAAGUCCAGUGGUGAACGCACGCCGUAUCGAUGCUGAUCUGGAGCAGCGAGUCUUACACACCUGUCUCUCCGAACUUCAGCUGUUCCCCCGCAGGUUGGAGGAGGAGUUCAUGCGGUGGAGCGGCUCUCUGCUGGACGAACGUCUUUGGGGCGACUACACCAUCACCUACAUCAACUCCUUCAGCUCCCUCAGGGAACACAUGGAGAGCUACAAAGACAGCAGUCCAGAUCAGGUGACCCAACUGAGCAUAGAGCUGGAGGGGGUGGAGCUUAGACUGAGACACGCUCUACUGCAGCACUACAUGAAUCAGACCAAGCCUCUCCUGCGGAGGAUGAUGACUCGUAAGUGGCUCUCCACAGAUGACGACUUCAAUCAGCUGCUCAAGAGAACA